AUGUCGUCCAACUCUAUCAAGCUGUUGACUGGCAACAGUCACCCGGAACUGGCUCAGCUCGUGGCUGAUCGCCUCGGGAUCGAGUUGACCAAGAUCAUGGUCCUCCAGUAUUCCAACCAGGAGACUAGCGUGACUAUUGGAGAGAGCGUGCGUGAUGAAGAUGUCUUCAUUCUUCAGUCAACGCGACCUAACGAUAUCAAUGAUGGUCUUAUGGAGCUUUUGAUCAUGAUCAAUGCUUGCAAGACUGCUUCCGCUCGCCGCAUCACUGCCGUCAUCCCCAACUUCCCCUACGCUCGCCAGGACAAGAAGGACAAGAGUCGUGCUCCCAUCACUGCCAAGCUCAUGGCCAACAUGCUCCAGACUGCUGGCUGCAACCACGUUAUCACCAUGGAUCUCCACGCCUCCCAGAUCCAGGGUUUCUUUAAUGUCCCCGUCGACAACCUCUACGCCGAGCCCAGCAUCUUGAAGUGGAUCCGCGAGAAUCUGGACGUCACCAACUGUAUCAUUGUCUCCCCCGACGCCGGCGGUGCCAAGCGUGCCACCGCCAUUGCCGAUCGCCUCGACCUCCAAUUCGCGCUCAUCCACAAGGAACGUGCCCGUCCCAACGAAGUCUCUCGCAUGGUCCUAGUCGGAAACGUGAAGGACAAGAUCGCCAUCAUCGUCGACGACAUGGCCGACACCUGCGGCACGCUCGUUAAAGCCGCCGACACCGUCAUGCAGCACGGUGCCAAGGAAGUCAACGCCAUCGUUGUCCACGGCAUCCUUUCCGGCAAGGCCAUCGAGAACCUGAACUCCAGCCGUCUCAACCGUCUUGUCGUUACCAACACAGUUCCCCAUGCUGAGAAGAAGGAGGCUUGCGACCGUAUCGAGACUAUCGAUUCUGUUUCUUUCCUCUUCUCUCAUGCUGUCGCGUAA